AUGGUCCUUGUUCGCGGCCAGGUAACCACAUGGCAAGACGGUCCCGAAUCUCCUACAUACCAAGAGCUCAAGGAAGAAAACGACCGUCUACGGCGAGAGAUUGUAGCCCUCAGAUCGCGGCAAGAUCGCCAACCAAUCAUCGAUCAUGCACAAGCUCAGCGAUUCGAAAUCUUGCUGGAUGAGGUACAGUACACCCCAGGUGAGCUUGAUGAUGGCUUAUGGGAAAGCCUUGCCUCGGAAUCCAACAUCGACAAGUUACCUGUAUUCAACUGGGCGGAUAUCAUACUGCCCGAUGCGGAUUCCAGCAACAAACUCGUAGAGUUUGAUAGGACGUGGAACUCUUGGGUACAUUAUGCCUUGGAGUAUCCUCAGUUCAAGGACGAAUGUGACCAUUUUGUUAGCAGUUUAGAGAAUGGGUUGGCACUCGAUAAGGCUGACCUUCCAUGGCUCGCUCUCUACUUCAGUGUUCUCAGUACAGCGCUUUUGAUGAUGGAAGACAAUGAGGCUCAAAGUUUGCAGCUACCAAAUGACCUCUCCAUGGAGCAGGUGUCGCAGAAUUGGUACGAAGCUGCCAUAUUCUGUCUACACAAAGCAGACUUCCUGCGAGUCGCCAAUGUACACAAUGUGCAAGCAAUAGCUGUUCUGUGCAUGACCUUCAAUAACCGUGGAGAUUCAGAGAUGGGGCACCACUUGCGAGUUUCUGCUAUCCGGAUUGCCCAAACUCUAAGCUUAGGUCAAGACGAUAACGAAAGAGAAGGGCGGCAUCUCAGCAUUGAAGCAGAGCGUCGUCUAUGGUGGACGCUAGUAAUAUGCGAGUGGUUGAACUUGACGCAUCAAUCACCAGCCCUAGACGAAUCGGACUUCAGCAUCCCCCUACCAUCGACUUCUCACCCUACGCCGCAAGGAGGUCUUGUAGACCCUGUCCACUAUCACAUAUUCAUGGCCCGGACAUCCCAGGUCAUAUAUAUAUUCCGCAUAUCGCUGAAAUACGGCUCAAAGUCACUGAAUAAUGUCGCCAACAUUGUCAAGGCUGCGGAUGAGGGCUUAGCAAGUAUCAUUGACACCCUGCCGAGCCACUUGCAACCCGAGAGUGACGCAGCCACUAACGAAGACAUACAAGCCCUUGAGGCCACUCAACCUUGGAUCAAAUGGCAGCGCUACGACCUGACUCUCGUGUUGUUGCACCUCCGAAUGCAUAUUAACCGCGUGCUUCAAAAGAAGUGGCUAUCAUCUCCCGAGGAAAACCAUUGGGCACGAACAGUCAGCGUUACCUCUGCCAUGAGCCUCAUCUGGAUUAACCGAAGCUGGGACCAGCCGGCAUCAACCAGAAAGCAGUGGGCGCUGUCGUAUCAUAUUUACUCUUCUGCCAUGUUUCUAUUGCGGGAAUGCCAAAAUACUAGCUCCAAGGAUAACCGGGAGUACCUCGAGGCUAUUGAAGCUGGGCUUGUCUUGCUGGACGCUGUUGAGUCACACAACCUACUAGCUCGGCAUGCUGCUCAAGUCUUGAGGAAAAGCAUCAAUGAAGCCAGUACAUAA